GACAAACCAGGAAGAUGGAUGAAAACAAGAAAGUCCUUUCUUUGGCGUUAGUAAUUUUUGCAUUGUCUUUGAAAUUCUGUUCGUCUGCUGUCGAUCGAACGCGGGAAGAUCGCGCAGUUGGAGCAGACAUUGUGCAGGCUGUCGUGGACAUUAUUAGAGAAAACUGUAUCUAUCCAAAUGACCGAAUCUUUCUCAGAAGACUUGCUUUCGUGGAAUCAAAGGAUGGACUCAGUACGGAUACGUUCAGACCACACUUUUACGGCGGAAUCUGGCAGAUACAAAAAUCAGAGUUCGAAUCCACUAAACACUGCUACGGACUGGAAGACAUGUGUGAGGCUAUCAAAGAGAAGCUUCACAUUGAUUGGAGAAGAACAGUCUGGCAGGAUCUCACCAAACCUCUGUAUUCCGGAUUAGCCGCAAGUCUGAAACUGCAGCAGCUUGUCGGAAACAAUACUCCUGGUGUCCUAGAAAAGCAGGCAGAUUUCUGGGUACACAACUAUCACAAAGGACGAUCUGCCUCUCAGUUUAUAACGGAAGUUAACAAAAUCCCAGAGGAGAAAUGUCAGAUAGACUUAGCAUUCAUGUUGGAUGGAUCAGGAAGCAUUGCAUUCUUAAAUUUCCUGCGAAUGCUGGAAUUUGUUAAAAAUACCACAAAACAAUUCGAAAUUGGGCUCAAUGCAGUUGAAGUGGCGGUCAUCUCUUUUAGUGAUUAUUCCCGUGUAGAAUUUGGAUUUGGACAAUUCAAUACACACAGUGGUAUUAACACUGCAAUUGAUAACGUUCAGUAUGAUGCCGGAGGAACUAAUACCGCAUCUGCCAUCCGUACUGCUAGAAUGUCUGUCUUUGGUUACAACUCGAGACCGAAUGCAGCAAAAGUUGGUCUAGUCAUCACUGACGGGUAUUCCAAUUCCUUUAAUAGCACUGUCCAGGAAGCUUUGUAUGCUAAAGGAGACGGCAUUGUUCUCUUUGCUAUCGGAAUAGGAAAUAUCAAUGAGGAAGAAUUAAAUGAAGUAGCAAGUAAUCCAAACUGCACUCACGUUUUCUUCAUCACCGAGUUUUCCGAUAUUGAUACCCUAGUGUACGAAAUAAAGAAAGCUGCAUGUCGAGCUCCAGUGAUGAUAAAUAUUGAUCAUACCAAGCCACCCGUAACAGGUACAGUGACUGAUAUAUUUGGAUCAACCAUAUCACCGACUGCAACAUCGGGAAAUGAAGGGACACCUGCAUUAGAACGCAACAUUACUGACAACGGCACGAACCCAACAAUAUCUGUACCAACUAACAUCCAUAAUGUUAAUAACAAGAAUUCCACAAAUAUCAAGAUGAAUGUGUCUGUGAAUUGUGGAAUUGUCCAUGUGUACACGUCCUACGACAACCCCCACCCCAGUCCAGUUCUGUACAAUGACAAACUAACGGCUACUGAUGGUCAUCCUGCUGUUCUUUACAUUAACAGAACCGUAGGCGGGCGCCAGUUGUAUGUAACUUUUGUAGGAACAAAACUUCCCCCAGAAGCAGCUGGCUUGAAAAACUGUACCGAUGCCAAAUAUCAGGGUUCCCAUUCUUGUGGAUCCACCACUGCUACAAUAUCUAAAGACAAGACUCCACUAGACUCUGACUUGUUGAAUCCCUGUACUGCUCAAGCUCUGAUGAACCACCAAUUCUUCUUUGCAUACUCAAGAGAUAACACAAAGUUCAUUCACUGUGACGUAUGGGGUCAUGCUUGGGUCAUGCUAUGUGCUUCAAAUUUAGUUUGGAAUCAGCAGAGCCAGACAUGUAUUGAGAAUACACACACCUCCUCUAACCCUUGUACCCAGGAUCAGUUAGACAAAGGAAUCACGAUGUUUCCCCACCAGGACCCCCACAAGUACAUACACUGCGAUAAUGGACUGAAUCCUUGGAUGUUUCUUGUAUUCCUCUGUUUGAUAACCGCUGCAAACGUAUGCUUCUCCGUUGACCGUACAAGGGAGGAUCGUGCCGUGGGGCCAGACAUUGUUCAGGCCGUGGUAGAUAUUAUAAGAGAAAAUUGUAUCUACCCAAACGACAGAUUGUUUCUGAGGCGACUGGCGUACCUUGAAUCAAACGAUGGAUUAAACCACAAUACUUUUAGACCAAACUUUUAUGGUGGAAUAUGGCAGGUAGAGGAGUCAGGCUUUGAUGCAACUAAACAAAAUUAUCGUCUAACAGAGCAAUACAAAAUCAUCCACCAAAAGCUGAACAUAGCAUGGGAAACUGUGAAAUGGAGAGAUCUGACAAAACCACUGUACUCAGGACUUGCUGCCAGUUUGGUUUUACUGUUAAGGGCUGGGAAAAACACACCUGGUGUUUUGGAAAGACAAGCUGAGUUUUGGAAUAAUUAUUAUCAUCCAGAAAAAUCAUCAGACUAUUUUAUAUCUCAAGUUCAAAAUAUACCCAAUGUUGACUGCCUGAUCGAUAUUGGAUUUAUUCUGGACGAAUCGGGAAGCAUCGGAAGGGAUGACUUUCUUGUCAUGCUCGACUUCGUAAAAAAUGUAACUGAAAAAUUUGAGAUCGGUCCACGAGCAGUAGAAGUAGCCCUUUUGACGUUUGAUUCUUCGGCAAAUUUGGAAUUCGGAUUUGGUACCUACAGUAACCACCAUGAUCUGAAUGUUGCCAUCAACAAAACAAAUUACACAGGUGGCGGUACAAAUAUUGCCGCAGGAAUUCGUUUGGCCAGAGAAUCUGUCUUUCGCUUUGGGUCACGCUCGAGUUCAACAAAAGUCGGUCUAGUUAUCACUGAUGGCUGUUCGAACAUAUACGAUACAGUUCGCGAGUCAAAGUACGCAAAAGAUGACGGUAUAGUCCUUUUUGCUCUCGGAAUUGGUAGCAUUUGUGAUGACGAACUAGAAUCACUGGCAAGCGACCCUAACUGCACACAUGUGUUUUUUCUGUCGGGAUUUUCUGACAUUGACAGCCUCAUUUACGAAAUUCAAAAGGCAGCUUGCAGAGCACCAGUUGUUAUUGGUCCGUCUCAGACAGACAACGGAACCAAUACUACCAAACCAAAUACACACAUAAUAACACAGCACCUAAGCCAAAACAAAACAGAUAUAAAGACAUUUGCCGUAUCCACAAACAACACAGGGAAUGAUACAGGCUUAGACAGUGUGAUGCAAUUGACAGUAAACUGUGGAAUAGUCCAUGUGUACAUGUCCUACGACAACCCCCACCCUAGUGCAGCUCUCUAUAAUAACAAAGUGACAGCUACGGACAACCACCCUGCUGUACUUAUCCUGAAUAAGACCAAAGAUGGACGUCCACUGUAUAUGACGUAUGUUGGGACACGCUUGCCUGAACACGCAGCUGACUUGAAAAACUGCAGCGACGCUCACUACGUGACAACGAUAACGUACGUUAACAAAUCAGGAAUAGAGAUAGUAUGCCGCCAAAACGGACAUGAGCGUGAAUGUACAAAACUUGACUUUCAGCUCCAUGAGAAGUAUAAGGAUUACCUAUGUAGUUCCUCAGGUUUGGAUGGGGCCCCGGUGCCUAACCCUUGUACCACAGAAGCUAUUCAAAAUAACGAGCUUUUCCAUGCUCAUCCAUAUGAUUAUACAAAGUUUAUCAAAUGCGAUUAUCAGCAUAAGAUGUACAUUACUCAAUGUCCGCAGGGAGAACGGUAUUCACAGGGUUCUCAUUCGUGCGGGUCUUCAACAACCACCAAUACUGGAGACAAGAUCCCGCUUGACCCGGAUGUGAAAAAUCCCUGCACUGCGCAGUCGCUAGCAAACCAAGAAAUGUUCUUUCCGUAUAGCAAAGAUAACUCAAAAUUCAUCCAUUGCGACGUAUGGGGGAAUGCAUGGGUCAUGAACUGCCCACAGAGAUUGGUAUGGAACCAAAACAAUCAUGCUUGUAUUGAAGAUACGCAUGUAUCGUCCAACCCCUGUAUCCAAGACCAAAUAGACCGAGGCAUCACCAUGUUUCCUCAUCCAGACCCCCACAAAUAUAUUCACUGCGACACUGGACUAAAUGCAUGGGUUCAGUCCUGUGUUGGAGGUACUGUGUUUGAUUUUAAGACACAAAAUUGUGUGUGGGAAAAUGCACAGUUUGGUAAAUAGAAAUUGCCAUAU